CAGAACGCGGCUUGUACUCUACGGUUACAACGACGGUGCUCGGGCGGAGUCGGGCGCGCCUUCGAUGACGGCGACGUCAUGGCGCAAGAUGGCCGUCGGUAUCGGGAAUGGUGUAUUGUAGACGAAGCUGGGCGGAAUUCCGAGUAAUAGAUCCAUUGCUUCCGGGGUGCGAAUAACAAAAUAAUACAAUAAUUCCGACGAGCACAGAGAACUAUCGCGAGGUGAGGACGAUAGCAAUAUAUCUACAACGUGCAAAAUGUGGAAUAUGAUGUGUGAUGUGAUGCCGACGAUUGCGGAGGACAGUAUGAGCCAGCGGAGCUCGCAAUUUUCCGGCGAGGAUGGGAACAUCGAGCAACUGAUGGUGCAAAUGCUAGACGAGCGUGACAAAAUGAUGGAAUCGAUGCGCGAGCACCAAGAACGGCUGCAGGAAAUGGAGGCGCGGUUGACAGAGGUUGAGAAGGAACGGGAUGCUUUGAAUCGCCAGCUUAACGCAAAUAUUCCCCAGCUGGAAGUGCAAAAAACUCACUUUCGGCAACCUUGUAUAGUGCUGCUGCCACUGAAUGAAUUUUUGGUGCAUAUUCAGUGCGGCCCAGUGGAAAACGCUAUCAGUGAAACACGCUCUCGUCUAAUCGAAUAUGCACUCAGUUCGCACCCAGUGCAGAAAUACGCUAUAAAGGUAUCUCUUCAAGCCGAUGCUCAUUUCCGGCGUUAA